AUGGAAAAUUUAAAGAAUAAUUUAUCAGACACUUUUUUCGAAGCAUUUAGAAAUGGUUAUUCAGAAUCUGAUGUUCGGAGAAAAAUAAAUGAGAUUCUGGUAUCCAGUAAAAUAGACUUGAACCCGUUUUUAGAGUAUUUGAAUGAGAAUGCUAUGACUUCGGAAGACUUUACGUUUCUUGGUUGGUUCUCGAGAUUGAGAAUUGACAGUGAAGUCUUUUCAUUUAGGCAAUAUGAAAAAGCAUUUCACAUCGAUCCUCACAACAUUACCAGCCAAUUCUUGCUCGCUUAUUGCACCGAAUUCGGAAAAGGAACCACAAAGGAUCCGGUGCAUGCCAGGGAAUUGUACGAAAAAUUUUCGAGCAGUGGAAAUCACCUGUGUCAGUAUCAAUUGGCAUUCCAUUUAAUGUUCAACGUGAAGAAUGCAAAGUUCGUGCAAUUGAAGAUGUCUUAUCUGUUAAAAUUGGCUGCGAUGCAAGGGCAUCUCGAUGCAAUGUUAUAUUUGGGAAAUCGCUAUACAAAUGGUAUCGGGCUUGAAAGAGAUUUGCACCAAUCUCUUUAUUGGUUUUCCAAAAAAUUCAAAAUCGACAAAAAGGUGGUAAAUUUGAGACACGAUUUGGAAUGGUUUUCUUCGCAAGUCAAGAAACAAACUCAUUAA